AAUGUUUAUUUAAAUGUUUAAACUUUUCUAAACUUUAAUCUUCACAAUAUCUCUAACCUGAAAAUAAUAAUAUUGAAUAUAAUAAAUACAAUGAAUAAAUGCACAGAUUAAUGAAUGUAAAAUUUUAAUUAAAAUCUAAUUAAAGCGUAUUCGUGGCAUUUCGUAUACAUUCAGGUUUGUGAAGUUAUGAGUAUUUUGCAAGAUAGUAACUGUAGUUGUGAGCGAUUAAACAUGUUCAUAUAGAAGCAGUUAUACUUAUUCGUGAAUCUAAAUUGCGUUAUAUCUUUAGCAUGCUAUAUGUGAUGGAUACAAGUAACGAUAUUCGACUGAACAUGACCGAACGACGUCAAACUAAGCAAAGCUUGGGAGCAGUAGUUUAAAAUGUUUCGUGCUGAAGCAAAAGAUUAAAGUAUUUUACAUUCAUUAAAAGCAAACAGAAAAUUAUAAAGUAAAACAAAAGAUAAAUUUACGGAAAGCGUUGGAAGUGGAAAUAAUGGCUUAUGAAAUAUUAAACCAAGAAGGAAAAUAAAAACUUUAACAACCAAUAAAUCCGUUGAAGGUAGACUAUUUAUUCCCGAACGAGUAGUCGUCUACAAUUACAUCUUCCGAAUGGAAUGAAGGAAAAAAUCUAGCAGUAUUAAGUAAAAAAUUCUCAUGUAAUCUAAACGUGACGAUGUUGACCUCAAAAAUGAAUGAAGUCAAUUGAAGGAAGUAAAGUUAGCCCAAAAUUCGAAAUUAACUAUAACAAAGUAAUCAAAUAUCAUUAUUAAUUGACUUUUCGACAAAGAAAUUAAUAAAAUAUUAUUAAAAGAGAAUACCUUUAAGUUUUGGUUGCGCUUUAUUGAAAAUGCAUGAGCGACGAGUAAAAAAAAUAAAAAGUGGUCACUAUGUAGCCACCCAUGGUCGUCUUACACCUGAUCCGCCAUAUGUGCACUCAAAUCGGGGCUACUCCACUGAUGGUGAGGAAUCUCAUCGUGCACCUUCAGAACGUACAAUGUCCGAAUAUACGAUAGCUCAUGAGCGUUCUUCUCCCCAUGGUCAACAUUACAAUUCCUCUCGUAAAUCACGAGUAAAUAUUAGUCAACAUACUAACAACACAAAUUCACGCUCAUUAAUGGGAUCUACGCCAAUGCGUACAUCUUCCGUUUUAAGCUACGAUCAUGGUGGUGAUGCUGGUAGCGAUAUCUACGUAACUAGUGGUGCUUAUAAAGCACCCUCGGAAAUAAGUCGCUAUAGUCAUCGACCACAUUCUCGUGGGGGACCACGUAGCGUAUACUCUGUAGCUAGUACAGCAAAAACAGGUCGCAGCUCACGUUCGACCACAAAAAGAGGUGCCAAAAUUGAAACAAUGUCAGCACCAAACCCAUUUUGCCCAAAUAUUAAAGGCGUUUGCUGUCUCAUGCUACUUUUAAAUUUGGGUCUUAUAUUAGUAACAUUAGGAUUCGUAAUAGUAGUGCAGUUCUACGAGCCACUCUAUGUUUGGGUGCUUGGUAUAAUAUUUUUAGUUUUCGGCUUUCUCACACUAAUUGGAUGCAUGGUUUAUUGCGUUUAUGUUUGUCAUGACGCAAAAACCCCUUCCCAGAUUAGAAAUGAAGACCUGUAUUGGACACGACAUUGGCAAAAAAAUAUCGGCUACACCCCUCAAGAGAUCAAUUAUAAAGCUGAUAAGUAUGAUGCUUAUUCAGACCGUUAUUCAGUGAGUAAAAUAAGUGGAAAAUACUCGGACAGGGAAAGCAAUCGGUAUUGAAACUGAUUAACAAAUAGUCAAUUGGAAUUCAAAAGAACUUUGUGAAAAUAAAUGAUCCAUUUUUGAUAACACUUUUC